ACCGAAUCCGCUCCCCAUUAAACCUCCCAAAGACUUUGGGCAUGUCGACGAGGGUGUGGAUUGCUACUUCACACUUGUACGGACGCUGUCCCCACCGUCGAUUUCCUCCGUCGAAGCCUUCUCUCCGCUCCCGUCCUGUAAACGCCUGCUCUCCCUCCACAGAUAGUCUGAAAUUGUCAACCUUUUCAGCUAUGGAAGUUCCUGCAUCUGUCUCUCCAAAGCAAAUGCCAAAGGGGAUUGAUGCAACAACUGAGGAAGAAUAUGCUUCCCAGUCUAAAUUACUUCAAGAGUUCACCAACUUUUCUAGCAUCGACAAGGCAUGGAUUUUUAAGUCUGACAACGGAAAUAGUUCUCGGGCAAUGUUUUCUAUUAGCCAGACUAAUCUCAUAGGAAACAAAAAGAGGAAGUACAUUCUAUCCUCCCAUAUUUCGAAGGGAAGCAAUCAUUCUGUGAGCUUUGAGUGGUCUCCAUUUCCUGUCGAGAUGACAGGUGCAUCUGCAAUUGUUCCAUCACCUUCGGGUUUAAAGCUCUUUGUUGUUAGGAAUGGUGAAAAUGGAUCCCCAACACAGCUUGAAAUAUGGGGCCCAUCUCAGUUGCUAAAGGAGAUAUAUGUGCCGCAAUCUGUUCAUGGCCAAAUAUUUACAGAUGGAUGGUUUGAGGGGAUCUCUUGGAACCAUGAUGAAACACUCAUUGCUUAUGUUGCUGAAGAGCCAUCUCCACUUAAGCCUGCAUUUGAUGGUUUGGGCUACAAGAAAGGGGCUUCUGCUGAUAAGGACUGUGGUGUCUGGAAAGGUCAAGGUGAUUGGGAGGAGAAUUGGGGGGAGACCUACUCAGGGAAAAGGCAGCCUGCUCUAUUUGUUGUCAAUAUUGAUAGUGGAGAUAUUCGAGCUGUAGAAGUUGAUAAAUCCAUAAGUGUUGGACAAGUUGUAUGGGCACCUACGUCUUCCAAAAGCUCCUAUAAGCAUUUGGUUUUUGUUGGAUGGACAUCAGAUAAUGGCCCCCAUCAAGUUUCAAGAAAGCUUGGUAUCAAGUACUGCUACAACAGGCCAUGUGCCUUGUAUGCAAUCAGGGCUCCUUUUCAUGAAUCCAGUAAUAUUACUGAAGAUUUAGCAACAGCAGUGAAUCUCACUCAAGGCAUAUCUAGCGCUUUCUUUCCACAGUUCAGUCCUGAUGGAAAGACCCUCCUGUUUUUAUCUGCAAAAAGUUCUGUGGAUAGUGGAGCACAUUGGUCUACAGAAUCACUUCAUAGAAUAGAUUGGCCUGCUGAUGGAAAACCAUGUCCAUCUAUGAAUAUUGUUGAUGUGGUCCCUGUAGUGAUGUGCCCUGAGGACGGUUGCUUCCCUGGGCUUUACUGUUCAAGCUUCCACAAUCAACCAUGGCUAUCUGAUGGACAUACAGUUAUUGUGUCUUCCAUCUGGGGCAGCCUUCAAGUAGUACUUGCAAUCGAUGUGCUGAGUGGAAAGGUAUCACGAAUCACCCCCAUCUCAACUUAUUCAUGGAACGUUCUUGCAGUAGACAGGGACAACAUUCUUGCCGUCUCUAGCAGUCCCAUAGAUCCUCCUCAAAUCAAAUACGGAUAUCCUCUUACUCCGAAGGAUCAGAUGGUUGCAAGUACUGCAUGGAAUUGGAUAGAUGUCUCAAGCCCUUUAUCAAGGUACCCUGAAAAGGUCAUAUCUUUGCUCUCAUCACUUGAAUGUAUCAUAAUGAAGAUUCCAGUCAGAGAUGCUUCUCAAAACCUUACAGAAGGUGCUAGAAAACCAUUUGAAGCUAUCUUCGUAUCUCAUUCUUACUCUCCUACCAAAGAACAGUACGAUGGUCCAUGUCAUCCACUAAUUGUAAUACUUCAUGGCGGACCACAUUCAGUCUCAUUGUCAAGCUACUCAAAGUCUGUUGCUUUUCUCUCAUCAUUGGGUUACAACUUGCUUAUAGUAAAUUAUAGAGGUUCAUUGGGAUUUGGGGAGGAGGCAUUGCAAUCUCUUCCAGGCAAAGUUGGGAGCCAGGAUGUCAAUGAUGUACUCACAGCUUUGGACCAUGUUAUUGAAAAGGGACUUGCAGACCCAUCUAAAGUAGCUGUUCUUGGAGGUUCACAUGGUGGUUUUCUGACGACUCACUUGAUUGGCCAGGCACCAGAUAGAUUUGCUGUUGCUGCUGUCAGAAAUCCUGUUUGUAACCUCGCAUUGAUGGUUGGGACAUCAGACAUUCCUGAUUGGUGUUAUGUGGAGUCCUACGGUAGUGAAGGAAAAGCUAUAUUUACGGAGGCACCUUCAGCGGAACAUCUACACCUCCUCCACAGCAAGUCACCCAUUUCACACCUUUCAAAGGUCAAAUCACCUGUCCUUUUCCUUUUGGGAGCUCAGGAUCUUCGAGUUCCAGUUUCUAAUGGCUUGCAGUAUGCUCGGGCUCUGAAGGAGAAAGGAGUCCAGGUCAAGGUGGUCAUAUUUCCCAAUGAUGUACAUGCAAUUGAAAGGCCGCAAUCAGACUUCGAAAGCUUCCUCAACAUUGGAGUUUGGUUCAAAACUCAUUGCAAGUGAGGGGGCUUUCCAUGAGGUAGCAAUUUGACCAAAUCAUGGGCGUAUUUCGUAAGGCCUCCAAUCCCCUCAUUUGAUGAAAACAUGCAUUUUACUUCAAUCCAGCUUCAUGUUUAGAGAACAGAUCAAAGGAUUCUGAUUUAAUAUCAGAUCAAUAACAAAGAAGAACAGAGAAAAUGUCUUCUUUUGUUGUUGUUAAGUUGGUCAUGGCUGGAUAGGGACUCAAUCCAAUAAUGUAGUUGUGAAAUGUGGCUCUAUGCCUAUUCCACUAUAUUGCAAGCCUCAUAUUUACUGAGUGUUUACAACUUAAAAUUUAAAUAGGUUUGCCAA